AAUUACGUAAGGGGUUGCUAUAGAUAACAGGCUGUGGCUAACCAAACGCCUAUUGUUCUUUUCUUUAACCAGGAAAGGUUGUGCAGGGCUCUCAAGCUCUUAACAAUGGCUUCUUCAGUCACUUCAUCUCUCCACACCUGCAAUUUGCAAUCUGUAUUUUUGGGAGAGAGAAAUGGAUUAUCUGUUUCUAGUGUUCCUGUAAACCGUGUCGGGUUCCUAAAGAAGACUAUAGAAUGUAAGGAAUCACGAAUAGGGAAGCAACCAAUUGAAGUGCCAAAAAAUGUGACAAUCACAUUGGAAGGUCAAGAUUUAAAAGUAAAGGGCCCUUUGGGGGAACUUGCGCUAAGUUACCCUCGUGAAGUGAAGGUCGAGAGAGAGGAAGAUGGUAUUAUAAGGGUCAGAAAAGCAGUAGAGACUAGGAGGGCAAAUCAGAUGCAUGGACUUUUCAGAACACUUACGGACAACAUGGUGGUUGGAGUAUCAAAAGGAUUCGAUAAGAGACUUCAACUAAUCGGUGUUGGAUAUCGUGCAAUGUUGGAAGGGAAAGACUUGGUCCUAAGUCUUGGCUUCUCCCAUCCAGUGAGGAUGACAAUCCCUGAUGGCAUACAAGUGAAAGUAGAAGACAAUACCAGAAUUGUUGUUAGUGGAUAUGACAAGAGUGCCAUCGGCCAGUUUGCUGCUUCCAUCAGAAAAUGGAGACCCCCAGAGCCAUAUAAAGGUAAGGGUGUUAAGUAUGCUGAUGAGAUCAUUAGAAGAAAGGAAGGAAAAGCAGGAAAGAAGAAGUAGUGAUAGUCACUCCAUUUUUCUUUUUCUUUCUUUCUUUUUUUUCCUCUUUAAUUUUUGCUUGUUAGUGUACAUUAGCGGAACAGUAUGUACUAAAAUUACUUUUAAAAAUUAAUUUCUAUCAGUUCAUUUAUUCGUCA